UAACAAGUGGUUUUUAAAUUUACACAGAACGCCCGGAAAACAACAAAAACAUUUGGGAUUAAUCGUAUCAGAAAGAAUUCAGACUUUAUCGGAUGCUGGGAAAGAAGUAACAGGCCCUUUUCCUGUUUUUAAAUCGUUCUCCACACCUUCACCUCCUAUUGUCAUCAUUAUGGACUCCUCACAAGUCCUUCGUCAGCAAAGUCACAACAAAAUCCACGGUGACUUGUUAAGAGUAAAGAAUGAACAUAACAAAAUGCUGGCGGACCCAAAGCCUCUCAAACAUGUGUCUGCUACACGCAAAAAAGAUAUUGAGAACCGAGAUCCAGGAAGCUCAGAAAUAGGUAGGAAGACACCUGUGCGGCCGGGUGUAAGCAGGCUUCCAGUGCUAGCAAAGUCCCAUCGUCUUCAGACUCCCUCUGACUUUACUCAGACCCACCGCAGGUGGGAGGACAAACCCUUGGCUGGGAAAGCUAAGACGAAAAAGUCAUGCACCAGGCCUGUCCCUUUCAACUUUUCUCAGCCCAAGAACUCAAGAAUGCCCACCGAAGCUCCACAGCCCCUAUUGGCUUCACAAUCAAGGCUUAAGGCUCAUGCUGUCCAACCUGAAAACAAUGCUUGUGUAAAAACCCCAAACAAAAAUGCAAAACUUUCCAAACAUCCAGCUCUUUUAAACAGUAUUGGGGACGCAACCAAAAGGGCAGGAAAGUCUCAUGGAAAAGUGACAGAAAAAUCCCACCUGUCAGGCCAGUCUGGGCCUUCAAACAAAUGUAAGACUAAUAAUGCUAUACAUGAGAACAGCACUGCUAUUAGUGCAGAGGCCUGUUUGGAUAACUUGAACCUGCUCAGUCUCAAAGAUCCAUCCAAGACAUCCCAUGUUAGCCAGAACAAUUCAAAAGGUCCAACUGACAAAGGCGAGAAGUUCCAGACUGACCAUGCUGCUCUGCUCAGUGUCCUCCUGAAUGAGGGACAGCCCCAACGAGUUUCUGUCAAGAAGAGUCGUCUCAAGGCUGAAUCUACUACAGGAUCAGCAAGUUCGGUGCAGUUCUUCCCAGAUCCUUCUGCACUGAAAAGUAUUCUCCUGAACGAAGGGGUGAAGCCUGGAUUGCCCGUGGGUGCCACACCCCGAAACUCAGUCCGUCCAUCAGGCAGAGGGACUUCGAUUUACACAGCCCAGAGAGUCCCAGUCAGAAAAGAUUGUGCAGAGGCAACCAGAGGAGCAGUGGCAUUAAGACUCAAAGAGACUCCGUCAAAGCAAUGGACGCCACAGAGGGUCCGCGACACCAGGCAUCAGCCCAUGUCCUCCAUGAAAUGGCAUCUGUCGACACCAUACACCGGCACUCCCGGGCUGAGGCACUGCAACACCAACCUACAGCCACGCCAAGAGGAGGUCGUCCAGAGAUUAUUUGAUGAUCAAGAGGAGGAGUGGAGCACAAAUGUGGCCGAGAAAGUUCCAAAGACACAAGCAGAGCAGCUCCCAGUUCAAGCUUCAACUAUUGAAUCUCAGUGUGAAGAAAACUCAGAGAAGAGCAGGACCAACAGUGAGGAGGAUGAGGAGAACAAACAGAUUACGGGAGAACAGCCAUUCCUCCAAGCGCCUCAAAGACAGUCGGUCAUUUUUUUCUCAGCAGGCAAACAUCUGCUCAGAGCUCCACGUUUUGAGAAGCAGGAGAGCUCAGUCCAUCAGGAGCAGCACGGUGCGGUCUCAUCAGAACAGGGGAAAGUUCUUAGGGUACAUGAAGGAAAGUCAUCUGUGUCAGAAACAAGCUGUCAGAUCAAGAGUCUGCACAGAGACCUCACUGUUCAGAAAACUUGUGCUCUAAAUCCUGCCGUGGCAAUACUGCGCAAGCGCCUUCCUCCCCUGGAGGAGCUGCUAAUGGACGAGGAGGUGGCCACCUACACCUCUGUGGCGGCCCCGGCUGCCAACGGGGUCCUCCCUCCUCGGCCCCGAUGUGAAAAUCCGAUGGCCUCCAUCCUGCACCUCGAAGAGUCAACUAGAUUUGUUCCAAUUGACUUCAAUCUCUCCUCUGGCCCUCCUUCUCCACUUAGAGGAGAUGAUAUGAUACGUGAGAGAUAAUGAUUUGCACUACCAAACAGAUACAGUAUUUUCUUUUCUUUUCUUUUCUUUUUUCUUUUUAAAAAAACAUGAAACUGUUAGUCCAACACUGUUGGUGCCAGCCUGAGUAUAAGACCAAAGAACACUGCUGGUAUCAUUUUUGUUAUAAACCUGUCAAUAUUUUUCGUCUUAUAAAUGUUUAAGACUGCCUCUCAAUAGAUGCUUUAUAAAAACUUUUAGUUUUGUUUUGUUGAAUAGUCCAGCUUUUAUACUGUCAGCACUCGAGUUUGUCAAUAAUGUAGAGGAAUACUUAUUAGAAAUAAAGUUUAUGACAUGAAUAGAAAACUACAUGUGAAGAAAAUAUUGUAAAAGGUCAAUGAAGACUUGAUCAGUGUUAUAGCUGUAGUGUAUGUAUAGAUUAGGGUGGUGUACAGCACUGUUAUCUGUGGCUGUGGCUGAAUAUGUAAAGUGGGUUGGUGAUUUGAUUCCCAAUUUCUCUGGUCCACCUGUCAAAGUGUCCAGGGCUCAAAAUCAGCAUCAACCACCAGUCAAGUACUGGUAAAAUAUAUUGAUAGAUUUGCUUCACUCACCACCCAAAAAAACAAGGUUAAUCUAUUGAGUGGUUGGUAAAGAUUUGAACACUCACUAACCUUUUGACUAGUGGACAAAAAAGUUAAUUUUGAACCCUGAUCGUCUGACCUUACAUUGCAGAUCGCUGCCAUCAGUGUGUGAAUGAGAAGCAAAAUUAUAGAGCUUUGAUAAAAGCACUAAAUAACUGCUAACUGCUUUAUUUGUGAAGUUUGUAACUGCGGAUUCAAAGUGAUU